GGAGAAAAGAACAAAGAAAAAAAGUGCAAAAGCUUGUUGGCUUACAAUACAUCUUGACUCUCCAACUCAAACACAAACUUCUCAACUUCCAACGGCAUUUAAGGAUUUGGAACUUGGAAGCAGGCACACGAUUUCCCGAAAGCGGCUUUAUUAGAAGGGAAUUUUUGCCUUAUUGGGAGGUUGUCAUUCAUUAUUACUCUGCUCCAUAUUCUCUCCAUCAUCACUACUCUUUGCUUUUUCUUCAAUUUUACUAGUAAUAUUUUCUUGGUGGGUUUUGCCUUCCUUUUUGUACUUCAGUAGACGUUUUUACUGGACACAAAGGUCAUCUUUUUCGUUGGAACAGGAAAUUUUCUGGGAUGAGUUUUUGGGUUGUUUGAGCUGUUUUUCUUUGUGGGUUAUUCCCACCCUUUUGAUUUUGGCCAUUUUUCUUGGGUGGGGUAGCUGGAAUUUGUAGCCUAAUAGAAAAGGUAUAAUCAGCAUGGCUAUUUCUAUGAGUUCUGUAAAGAAGUAUCUGACAAAGAAGACUGUUGUGGCGCUAAUUUUGGGACAAUUUCUUUCUCUUUUGAUCACUUCCACUGGGUUUUCAUCUUCUGAACUUGCUCGAAGAGGAAUCAACGCGCCAACCUCUCAAUCCUUUUUGAAUUAUGUAUUGUUGGGUGUAAUCUAUGGAGGGAUUAUGCUGUACCGACGACAACCAUUGAAGGCAAAAUGGUAUUAUUAUGUUCUACUUGGACUUGUUGAUGUGGAGGCGAAUUUUCUAGUGGUGAAGGCAUAUCAGUAUACAUCAAUAACUAGUGUUAUGCUGUUGGAUUGUUGGUCAAUUCCAUGUGUCAUUCUGCUUACCUGGCUGUUUUUGAAGACAAAGUACAAGUACCGGAAGUUUAUUGGUGUUGGCAUCUGUGUUGCGGGCCUGGUGUUGGUUGUUUUCUCCGAUGUACAUUCUGCAGAUCGAGCACGUGGCAGCAAUCCAGUUAAAGGAGAUGUGCUUAUUAUUGCUGGCGCUACACUUUAUGCUAUCAGUAACGUCAGUGAGGAGUUUCUAGUCAAAAGUGCUGACAGGAUUGAACUCAUGGCAUUCUUGGGAAUCUUUGGUGCUAUUAUCAGUGCUGUCCAAAUAAGCAUACUUGAACGCAAUGAACUCAGGUCUAUACACUGGUCAGCUGGAGCAGCAUUUCCAUUCUUCGGAUUUUCCCUGGCGAUGUUUUUGUUCUACUCACUGGUCCCUAUCUUACUAAAGAUCAGUGGUUCAACAAUGUUUAAUCUGUCAUUACUCACUUCAGAUAUGUGGGCAGUCUUCAUCCGGAUCUUUGCAUACCAUGAAAAGGUUGAAAUGGAUGAGAAAUAUAUGAACCUUUCUGUGGCUUUUAACCAGAUUCAUUGGUGAAGUAUUUGAUCGUCUAUCACUCUGUGGUGACUUCUCUUUGGCUCUUCAGGUUGACUGGAUGUAUUUUGUAGCAUUUGCGGGUGUUGCUGUUGGACUUGUAGUUUAUUCAGGGGGUGAUGAAGACACAAAAGAAAACCGUAUUGAGAUUGGCGAUGAAGAGAAGCAAAGCAAACGUUUUGACGAGAGUACUGUCUUAGAGAGCUCAUCAAAAUCCCAGGAAAAUAGCAGGCACGUAGUUGCCUCUAGCAGUGCUUCGGAAGAGAAUUCAAUUCCAAGUAAAUGGGAAUCUUGACCAAGACACGUAAGGACACUGAUACUGAGGUUGUUGGCCACAUGGGUUAAUGUCAUGACUUCUAAGUAGUGAAACCGCCAAGAGGAAAAAGUAGGUGGUUAAAAAUUUUUCAUCCCGGAGUGGUUGGUUCAUUGAAGCCCGAUUUCCGUUACCUUAAUUCCUUCUUGAAGUCCGGAGCCGUUGGUAAUUCGAUAGAUGAGUUGUUGAAACUGAAAAUAGGCGAGAGAGAGACGUCGUUAUAGGUGAAAACUAAAUGGGAAGUGUUUGGAUGUCAACUUACAUUUUAUUUUGUCACUUAAAAAUGGAAAGUGUUUCAAAUUGAAAACUAAAUGAGAAAUAAAAAUGUUGUUUGGAUGUUGGUUUUAAAAAAAAGUAUUUUGAACUACAUUUUGAAAUAUCAAGUAUAAGUCAUCACUAAACAAUUAAAUAUU